AUGGAAGUUGGAGAAAGAUUCAUGGGGAAGGGGGUGUCUCCAUGUCUCUGCCUCUUGAUUGCAGAAGCCUACUCGCUCAAAGAGGACUACCAGUGGGCUAUCCAGUUCCUCCAGCUAGAGAAGCUCUAUCAUGAACGUCUGCUCUCCAACAUCGCCGCCCUGCAGGAGAACUGGGAGAGCCAGCUGAGAGAGAAGAAGUACGCUGAGAGCUGUUUGCCCGCUGAGACAGACGGCAUCAGUCAGAAACACAUCGAGACCCUGAGCCAGAUCUGCAGGACACACCUCAGACCAUGCAUCAGUGUGGAACAGAAGAAGCUGAAUGCAACAUUGAAAGACAUUCAGAGCAAGAACGAGACACUGCAACCUUGUCACGAUAAAGCCAACAGUCCUGAAACAACACACCAGGAUGAAGAACAAAGCAUGAACUCCGAGUCUGGGCUUUCCUCACAGGAGAGAGGUGAAGAGGAGAGAGAGGAAGAAGAGGAGACGUAUGAGGAAGGACAGGAGGUAGAGGAGGAGGAACCAUGUGAGGAGACGCCAGAGGAGGAGGUGAAGGUGGAGUGGCCGACGGGAGUCCCUCAGGCUUCAGACAAGGACCUGGCCAAGCUGUCUCACACAGAGGGGAGUUCCUCCCCAGAUGGUCUGGUCUCCAUCCUGAAGAGGAGGAGAGCGUCUCUGGAUGGACUGCCUCCCCCGAGCGACAUUGUUACCAAACAGAACUCCAAACGCAAAGUGCGCUUCAGUGAACCAGAGGACGGCAUUGAGCAAGAAGAGGUGGGCGGAGAUUCCUGUCUGAUCCUGCUGCUGCUGUGCCUGGUUACCGUGGUGAUCAGCAUAGGCGGGACGGCCCUGUACUGCACUCUGGUGGACACUUACUCCAACAUUUGCACCGACUUCACUCACAAUGUCGACUUCUACGUCAUGACCGUGCGGAGGUUCUUUGAGGGGCUCGCACACUGGCUGCCCCUGCGGACUUAGACACGCUGUUUCAGACAUCUGUACUGUGACGGACUGUAAAAUAGAGGGUGAGGUUCCUCCAGUCUACAGUUUGGAGUCAUUGUGACAGGCAUGACAUCUACGUGUGUUAAUCUGAUGCAGCCACCCGGAGCGUUUAAAGCUUUGAUUUCCUCUCCAGUGACUGGACUUGUGUCAGAGCAGAGGAGCUCGGGUCCUAAUGAAUCUGAGCUAUCAGCCUAAAAUGUAUCUCUAACUAACGGGUGCUUAAGGCACACUAAACAGUGACAACUGUUAAAAGCGUGCAUGUUGUUGGAUCAGAGUUCAAAAACUCCCGUUUACUACUGUCUUGUGUGGAUAUUUCCUUCGAAGCUGAACCUUACAGACACGAGGGCUCACAACUCUCAACAAUAUUUAUAUUUUAACAGAAGGAGUAGACUAUCUGUGUACAGUUGUUUCCUUGUGCUGUGUGUACAUUUGUCUUUUUUCCACUCUUGUUCUAUCUGUUAUAUUUUGACUCAUGCAGAGAAGCUGUCUUUAGAAUUAAGGAUUGUAUAUGUGUGUGUGAGUGUCUGUGUUGUUUUCUGAAUUUCUGAUUGGACAAAAGAUGACUUUUAAAUUCAUGUUACCAUUAUCUUUUCCUCCGUUGACUGAUAUGUUAAGUUAAUACAAAUGCUUUACACCUUUAUCAUGCACAUCAUUCAGCACAAUGACAAAUUUAUUAUUUUGAAAAACCCUGAAUCCAGAUGCAGAUGAGCCUUGAUGAUACUUUCACAGAAAAAGAUAAUUUUAUGACUGUGUGUUUACCUCAAUACAAGU